UGUUAUGCAAAUAAGCUGUAUGAAGUCUGCCAUGUCGUUGCUAAGUACGUCUGCUUUCCAGACCAGUGGAAAAAUGUGUGUAAUUGUAAAUGUCAUCUGUCUAUAUCUCCCAUGCAGCGUCUCACACAUAGAACAUUUUCAGUUGGAGAUUACAGACAGCUAACAAGCUGAGAGAAGGAUUUUAAUGUUUGCUGAAAUGACACCAGGUUCAAACCACACACUGGUAAUCUCAAGGAUAGGGACUGGAAGGAACUGCUGCAUACUGUACAGACAACAAGUCAGAUCUGACAAUAUCUGCUACUUCUCAAAGUCAAAAACAAAGGAAGAAAACUCUACUAAAGCACCCUGCUUUAGAACCCGGCUGAAGUUUUGCUUCAUGAAACGGGAAAAGAUGGAGCAAAGGGAACCAACAAGUGAUCCUGCUGCUGAAGGGACUGAGGGGAGACUCAGGGAUUUGGCAUCGAAGUGGUUCAUAGACACACAAGUGCCAUUUAUUGUCAACAACGGCCUCUUCCCCACAUGGUUCCUGGGCUUUAUCACCAGAAAGGAUGCUGAGGAAAUACUCAGAGAAAAGGAGCUGGGCUGUUUCUUGGUCCGUCUCAGUGAUAAGGCCAUUGGAUACAUACUGUCCUAUAAAGGCAGGGAUCGGUGUCGACACUUUGUGAUAAGCCAAAGUGAGACGGGGCAGUUUGUGGUGUAUGGAGACACAGAGGGACACAACACACUCCAUGAACUCAUAGAGUAUUACAAGACAAGGCCCAUAGAGCCAUUUAGAGAGUAUCUGACUUCAUCAUGUUUUGAGGCCCUCGAUGGAGAGCUGUAUGACAUGAUCCAGGUCAGUCCCAAGGAAACACCUAUCGCUGCUCUAAGACCUGCAAAGAAGAACAUACGAAGACAGCAAGUUAACACGACCACACAGCAGCAACCAACACGGGCACCCAAGAACAGAACUCAAGAGGAAGUACCACCUUUGCCUCAGAGGAGCAGGCACCUGGACAGCAGUACUUUAAACGACCAGGAUAAGAUCUUUUAUGCUCAACUCAGGAAGCAAACACCCAGGGAGGGUCCAAGAAUCCAACAUUUCUCACAGGACUACUUACCUGGAGCUAAACCAGGAAAAGCAGAGAGGUUGACUCCCAAAGAUCAGAAUAACGGCAGAUAUAGUCCUCCAUCAGAACCAGAAUCUGUUUACUCUGAGCUCAGCCUGCUUGAGAGCAAGAGCAGGUCUCUGCCGCUGCUGGACAGCAGCUCUGAUACGGAGCAGUCUUACAGAUUGAGUGCACCUCCUAACACUCCACCAAGACUUUCUCCAAAGCCAGUCCGACAAGCUGCCAGGUGUACUCCACAGUCAAAAGAGACAGACUUAUGGAGUAGAGCAAACAACAGCAACAGCCUGGACUGCAUAAGUGACACCGCAAUUUAUCACCUGGCUAGCAGGUCUGGCAGACAAAGCCCAACACCCUAUGACAACAGAACACUAAGCGCAGAGCAGCACAGUGAUUCUGUGUAUGCUGAAGUUGCCAGUGAAGCCCUUACUUUCGCCCAUGACAGUACGUAUGAGAUACUUCCUGAUCACAUGGAGACGGCAAAGUCAAAACCCAACAGCAGCACUUAUGAACCUGUGGAGGACAUCAGACGCAACCCUAUCUGCUCAUCCGGGUGCUUAAAGAAUAACAAAUGGAAAUGGCUCUUCCCCGAAACCAAGAGGAAAUGAUGACGAGGCUGCCUCACCAGCUCACAAAGAAAAUGUUUAGUUAAUAUCAUCUUACACUACUGUUACUCACUAACACACACACUGACAAUUUUUCAGCAUCAAAAGAAAACGUUUGUAUAUUUGUUUCUUAAUGUAUUUAUUGAAAAUUGAUGAAGCAAAUUACAUUAAUACUUUCUCUGUAAGCUUUGUACUACUGAAAUACUGUUUCAUUAAACACUUUACAGUAAAGAAAGUAUUAUUUUCUGGGCAAUAAUUACAGUGGGGGUAGAAAUUUAUUUUAAUGAGGGCAAGUUUCAUAUGCAGCAAAGAAAAUGGAGGAAAAAUGUGUUCAGUCUGUAGCAUGUGAUUCAUAGUGAAUCAUGGUUUAUAUUUGUAAAAGUCAAAUUUAUGUGUAUUAUUAUGCUUUGCUGUGAGAAUGUCUAUUGCAUUUUAUCAGAAAAAGUUAUUACAGUUUCUCUGAUUAAUUUACGUAACUUUACUGAUAAAAAAAAAAAAAAAAGAAGAAAAAUGUAGAGCUUUGAAAGCAGCAUUUCCAUGGGAGGAUUGAAUGUUUGCCGUCAAAAUUCCUGCUGUGUGAAGCAUGUUUUGGUAGUAUGGUGCUCGCUCAC